GACUUCAGGGAUACGUUUCAUCAUUUGAUGGUGCACAAUGGAUAAUAUACUAUCUGUAGAAAUUUCUCACUAUAUGUUUUUUCCCUUUCCAACAAAAGUAUUUUCUUGAAUGUGGAAAACUGGUUGAUGCAAUUCGGUUAUAUUUUUCAGGGCUUGAAUCUUAUUGUCUGAAUUUCUGGAAAAGAUUAGGUUUUGAAUGGUUACAUAAUCUCAAUUUUGGGUAAUAUUCAGUUAUAUUGCAAUUUGUUUGCAUCAGCUCAUUUUUCUCUUACAGAUGUAGCUUUUAGCAAGAAUUUCUCACAUAGUGGAAAAAGCAAUCAGUGUUCAUUCUGUUGUUUCAUAUAAUUCUUUUUUAAUCAGAGAUGUUUGGCCUUAUUACUAGCUUAUUCAAUCCAUUUACCUUAUUUCUUUUGGAUUUAUUUGAUUUACUGCUCUUGUUCAGAUUAGGGUUCCUCAGCUCAUUCAUCCAAGUUUAUCAAUUGUCUGUAAAAGAAUGUGGUGAAAGUUAAGUGAGUGAGUGAGAGAGGAUGGGGAGUUCUUAUGAAUUUCAUAGCAAUGGUAGUGUGAGUGAUCAAGGCCUACAGAUUAUCAGGCACCCUUUGUACCAAUCCGGUGGUCGGUUUUCAUUGCAUUGGUUCGAUGCGAGAGUGUUCUAUGUUAGAAUCAGCAAUUUCUUGGUUGAUGAUGCCACCCCGGAAUGCCUAACCCUCAACCACAUCCCUGCUUCCAUGGACUCUGUCCUUGAGGUGAACGGAGUAAGAUGCUCGAUGGAAUCACAGGGGGUCUCAUCUAUUCUUAGACGCGACAGGGUUGAUAAGAAAUCAGAAGAGGCCACAUUUGUCAGUACAGAUUGUAUAAGGUUUACAGGAAGUGUGAGAUUCGAGGUUUUUGAUAAGGACGAUCUUGUGAUCUCCGGGGUUUUGGAAAUGUCGAGUAGCAAUGGAGGUGUUGGGGAUUCGACAAAUGCAGCUAGAAAGUGGUGUAUGAAUUGUGAACCUGUGAUCAGUGCUGGAACUGGAUUUCUGAAAGGGAAGCAGAUAACGGAUUCUGAAUCUUCGUCUCCUACGAUUGAAGUUUACGUGGCAGGUACCUCCUCAGGAACCCCAGUCAUUUUAACCAAGAGCGUGCAGCUUAAUCACCGAAAGAAACACAGAAAGGGUGUCUUGCAUUCAAUCCCUGAGUGUGAUGCUUCUGAAUCUCGUGAGGAUCUUGCAUCCGAGCACGAUCUGCAGCUGGCAGAUUACAACCGAUAUAAACAGGAAAGCGACGAAGAAUACGACUUGUACUGGAGACCGGCUGACUAUGUUGAAGGUGAAGACGGAGAGCUAUCUUGGUUCAAUGCAGGGGUCCGAGUAGGUGUAGGAAUCGGGCUUGGGGUGUGCCUUGGAGUCGGGAUUGGGGUUGGGUUACUGGUUCGUACUUACCAGACGACUGCCCGGACCUUCAAGAGGCGGCUUUUAUAGUCUGGGUAAAGGACCUCUACCAUUACAGUGUGCAUUUUGAAGUUGAGAGUUUCUUGAUUUUUUUUUUUCAUUUUUCUUUGAUGGUGUUACUGAAAAUACAGAAGUAAGAAAAGAAAUGAUAUUUGAAGACUCUGUAAAUUUUUUUAUAGAAGUACUUGUAAAUAGCUUGUUUUGUCUGUUGAGAAAUAGUGUGCACUUAUGUAGAGUAGCAUCAGUAUAAAUUAUCAAUCACAUUCAUAAA